AUGCCUAUCUGCAUAGAGUGCUCAUACCCGGUCUCGCACCUGUACAGUGCUUACAGUCGCGCCGAUGAUCGUUCCCAGGGAAAAGGCGUGCGAUUGACUCAGUGCCCGCGCUGUCAACGCUUCGCCGACAAAUAUGUCGAGUACGACUUCGUCGUGAUAUUUAUUGACCUAGUGCUUAUCAAGCCGCAGAGCCCUGGCCGCACAAGAGAACGCAAUGCUAAUGAAUCACUUUUACAGCGAUCAAUCAUCCGACUAAGUGUCCUUCUCCUCCUCUUCGACGUCUACUUAACCUGGGCACGUCUCGAGAAAGAUCCCUCCUUGGCGACAACAUUUAUCUCCCGCACCCCAAUCAUCAUCCAAUACCUCUUCUUCCUCACCCUAAAUGCUCUAGCGACUCUAGCACACCACCUCACGGUCCGGCUAGUCGCCUCGAUACUCGUCCCCAAUACCCGUCGAUAUGGCGCAUCAGAAGCCAGCAACAGUGGUGUCACCUCCAACAGCAAUAUAGGCGCAGCCGACACUACAAUCACAACACCCUUCCCCUCUGGCCCUCCAACACCUACAGUGAAACCCUCGCCCUCAUCACAAGCACUAAACACACAAAUACAAGCAAACCCAGCCACCCAACCGAAACUCACACCAAACCUCGCCCCUUCAAGCGACACUCUCUCCCCACAAGACCCAUCCCUAAAACAACAGGGCAUACCCACCUCCGCAUCCACAAGCUCCAUCCCCCUCCCACCAGCAAGGCCAGCACCGCUCCGCCGCGCCUCCACAGCCCCGAUCCAAAAUAUCCAGCCCCUCCCCCCCACCAACAGCCGCAAGCCCCACAGCAAUCAGCACAGCACUGCUAGUAAGCAGCUGCGCAAAGCUAUUCCCCAUCCUAUUGGUAAUCUGGGGCGCAGAUGGCAGCGGAAACCAGAACAAAACAAGCAACAACAGUGA